AUGCGCGUGUCCGUGCUCACGUGCGGCGGGCGCGAGCUGGCGUCGCUGGACGCCGCGCCCGGGUGGGGCCUCCACGACGUGCUGGCCGCGCUGCCGGAGGGCGCAGCGGCGCCGGGCUGCCACAGGUCGUUGCUGCUCGGCGGCGCCGAGCUGCGGGAGGGCACGACCCUCGCCGAGCUCGGGGCGUCCGCGGGCGCGGCGCUCACGCUGGUGGUGACCCCGCCUCUGCACGUGCUCUGUGCCUGCGCGGACGCGCAGGGGAGGCUCUGGGACCUCGGGUCCGGGCGGUGCGUGCAGUCGCUGCGGGGGCACGCGGCGCCCGUGAAGAGCGCCGUGGCCUCGCCUGACGGCCGGCAGGUGCUCACCCGUGGGACGACGGCACAGCAAAGCUCUGGUGUGCUGCCACGGGGGAGUGCUCGCGGACGCUGA